AACAAGGGGGGUUUAAACUUGAAAGCAAAAACCCUCCGCUUUUGGUCACUCCUUUUCUUCUUCUUUAUAUCGACCAAGGCGGCGCGUCAAUCUCCGAAUUGCUAGAUAUUCUUCAUCGUUAAUCGGGAAACCCUAGAACCUGCAAAGUAAACUCAGAAUCGGAGAAUGGGGAAAAUUCAGUAUAUGAGGCUGAAAGGAAGCCAGAACUUGAGGCUACGGCUGCUUCUCUCGACGCUGUCAACAACACCAAUCAUCAUUGAGGACAUACGCGCCGAAGCCACGUGGCCCGGCCUCCGACCCUACGAGGUUUCGUUCCUCCGUCUCCUGGAAAAAAUCUCCGACGACUGCCGUGUCGAAAUCAACGAGACCGGCACAAGUCUCAAGUACAAGCCGGGGAUUGUGAUGGGCGGGAGGCAUUUAGUUCAUGACUGCGGCACCACCCGAUCAAUUGGUUAUUUUUUGGAGCCUCUGAUUUUGCUAGGUUUGUUUGCUAAGAAGCCCCUCACUAUCAGGCUCAAAGGUAUUACAAAUGAUUCCAAGGACCCCUGUGUUGAUACUUUUCGAUCUACUACCUUGCCCAUGUUGAAGCAGUUUGGAGUGCCUUCAGAAGGACUGGAACUGAAAAUCGAGAGCCGAGGUGUACCUCCUCUUGGUGGUGGAGAAGUCGUUCUAUCUGUACCGAUCAUCCAAGAUAGUUUAAAAGCAAUAACCUGGAUUGAUGAGGGCAUGGUGAAGAGGAUUAGAGGUCACACCUUCUCGACUAAAGUGUCUGUUCAGUUUGAGAAUAUCAUGAUCCAUGCAGCUCGUGGCAUCUUUAACAGUUUUCUUCCCGAUGUUCACAUAUUCACUGACCACAAAGCCGGGCAGCAAGCUGGAAACUCACCCGGUUAUGGAAUUUCACUUGUGGCCGAGACCACAUCAGGUUGCUACAUCUCUGCUGAUACAUCAGUUUCUUAUGCUCAGGGGAAAGAAGAGGGCGAACUUGAGGAGGAGAAGCAAGAAUUGAGCCCACCUGAAGAUGUCGGCAUAAAAAUUGCAAACAUUCUGCUGGCUGAGAUUGAACAAGGCGGCGUCGUAGAUUCAACUCAUCAGGGAUUGUUGUUUCUUCUCUGCGCAUUGUGUCCUCAAGAUGUUUCAAAGGUUCGUGUUGGUAAGCUUUCACCUUAUGGAAUAGGAGUUCUAAGGCAUAUAAGAGAUUUUCUUGGUGUUAAGUUUGUUAUAAAGCCAGAUCCUUCGACAGAGACGGUCAUUCUUAAAUGUGUUGGCUGUGGACUGAAGAAUCUAUCUAGGAAAAUUUCAUGAGUAAUCAGUUGAAAAGGGGUUUAUAUUUAUUACCGAAGCAAUCCAUCUCAGAAGCCAAAGUGGAUUGCAGAUUCAGUUGCAUGAUAUAUUCGAUCUUUAAAUUUUUGAUAUGUUUCUUCCUGUCAUACAACUGCAACUCUUGUAAACACUAAUGUAUCGUUACGAGUCUGGGAGAGUGAGUUCUGUUGGAUGCUUUUUUAUAUCAACUUCGUUCAGUUACUGAAUGAAAGGUGACGUGUGUUUUUGCUUCUUGUUUUCUUUUGCUUGCAUAGGUGACGGUGUAACAUAGGAGAAAUAAUCGCAAAAUCCGAACUUUACUGCA